AAUAUAUAUUUGAGCGUUGGAGAGAGAAAUCAAAGAAUUUGAGUAGAAAAUGCAAGCAAUAAACAGAUUUUAUAGAAAAAAAAAAAAGAAAACAAGAAUUGGAGAGAGACUUUUUAAUUCUUAUAUUGGUAGCACUGCGUUAAAAUUUUAUCCCUAGUGCAGUUCCGAGAACUGUCAAGCGUUUGGAUCAGAUCAGAUGAUCGAAUAUGCCAGACAUGGAAGUUGACGAUCGAGGGCAGAGCGAUGAUUAUUAUCUGGAGCUGUCUGCUGAUCCUAUUAGGUUCGAAUCAGUCAGCUGCCUCACGAAUGUGUUUUUCGAUGAUUCGAAACAGCAAGUAUUUGCUGUUCGCUCAGGUGGUGUUACAGGAGUGCUCGUUAAGGGCCCGAAUCAGAACUUAAGUUUUCGGAUGGAGGACAGAGGCCCAGUAAUAUCUAUUAAGUUCUCUCCUGAUAUGAAUAUACUUGCGAUCCAACGCACUAAUUCAUCAGUGGAAUUUGUCAAUUAUUCCUCUGUAUCCGGCUUAGAUAAUGUUGAAUACUCUCAGCCAUGCAAAGGGAAGAAUGCUACAAUAUUGGGUUUUGUUUGGACCCAUGGCACUGAAAUACUUGUAGUCACGGAUCAUGGUGUAGAAUUGUUUCAUGUUAAUCCAGAGAAACAUUCUAUUAAAGCACUAAAGUGCUUAAGUUUAGGGGUAAAUUGGUUUGUAUUCUGCCCUAAAAGUUAUUUGGUAUUAUUAUCAUCCGGCACGGUUGGUAAUCAAAUACAAGCAUUGCAUGUUACACCUGGGAAUCUUCAUAAAUUAACUAAGUUUGAAAUUGAGCAUAGUAUAACAAAAUCAGGGAAAUUGGCUGUUUCUGAAAGAGAUGUAGCAUUAGCUGUAUUAUAUGGAACACCUUGCAUAAUUUUGUUAAGGCAUCAACCAGGAACCAAUCGUUCAAUGGGAACAGCAUUUGUAUACAUUUAUACUGUACAUAAAAUGAUGACCAUCAAAAAAAGUCAUAUGUUAAAAUUGGAUGUUAGUGGCAGAUUUGCUAUAAAUGUUGUUGAUAAUCUUAUUAUUGUUCAUCAUCAAGCAUCAAAAACAUCAAUGAUAUUUGACAUCAUGUUGUCUGGAGUGAGUGAUGGGACAGUAAUGCAUCAUACCAGUGUAACUCUGGCAAAACCAAUUAAACCAUUUAAUCUUAAAGUAUCGGGUACAACUUUAUCAGAUCAGAUGUAUCAGCCAUGUCAAUUAUAUUCUCCUAAUUGGGUUGUUUUUCAACCAAAUAUAAUAAUUGAUGUAAAGCUGGGUUGUUUAUGGUACAUCGAGCUCAGGUUGGAAGCUUUGGUGAAAUUAAUUACAGAUAAAGUACUCCUUGUAGAAUUUUUAAUGCAGCGAUCAAAUGCUAAGCAGAUAUUAAUACAAGUCUUGCAGAACUUUAUGACUCAAUUACCUGUGAGCUUAAUGGAAAUGCCAACCAUAUUUGAUAAACUUAAUUUUGUAUAUAGAAAUUACCUAGAAAAUGAAAUACAAAAUCAGAUGGGAACACCUUUACAAAACAAUGUAAAAAAUAUAACAGUGACUGAGAAUUUUAAGUAUAAGUUAUUACUUGAUCAAAGCGACAUGUACAGUCACAUAUUAUCUAAAUUUCCUGAAGAUAAGAUUGAGCCAAAGAUGAUAAUAUGGGUUCUGCUUGAAUAUAUCAGAUCAUUAGCUGAACAUGGAAUACCGGUGCAACAUUACUUGCACGAAUUGAUCAUCACAACAUUGGUACAUCGAAAAGCUUACUAUCAGCUCCAUCAAUUGUUACAAUAUCACGUGGUUGCUGAUUCGAAGCCUUUAGCCUGCUUACUACUUUCUCUGGAAAACUUAUAUCCAGCAGCACAUCAAUUAGCGUUGGAUAUGCUGAAGCGAUUGGGCAAUGCACAUGAAGAGAUAAUUGAAGUGCUAUUAUCUAAGGGACAUAUUUUGGCUGCUUUACGAUACGUUCGCUCAGUUGGGAUGGUGGAUCAGGUAUCUGCGAGAAAAUUUUUAGAAGCGGCAAAAGCUACUGACGACGCGACACUUUUUCAUUCGGUUUUCAAGUUCUUUGAACAACGCAAUUUGAGGUUGCACAACACCACGGCUUUCACAAGAGGAGAACAUUGUCAGCCAUAUGUCCAGUAUUUUAAAUAUCUAUUCCAUGGAACGGACAAUGAGUGCAAUUCCGACACGAACUCGAAUGUUACCACUAUUUCUUCAUAGGAUUACAAUAUUAAUGUUUGUAUAGCACAUAUAAAAGUGAUAGGCAGUAAUUUAUUUCUUUAUUUUUAUUUAACGAGGUUAAUGAAGAAGUAGCAUACUGUUGCUGCUUCAUUAUCUAUAAAUAUAUUCCUAUGGUAUUAUAUAAUUAUAUAUAUGCACAAACACACCACACAUGACACAUACAUACACACACAUACAUAUGGAUUACUUAUUAUUGAAGAAAAAAGAAUGAGGAAGAAAGAAAGAGAAAUUCAAUGUAGUGACAUGUAAUAUUUAUCUCUGUCAAAGUGUUGUUUCUUUUUCAUUUUUUUCUCUUAUAAAACCCAUAUUGCAGGAUUCUCUUUAGCGCGGAAAUUCUAUAUUCAAAAUUUUUACAAAAUAUGUAAAGUUUCUUUAAUAUUUGAUAUAGUGAGACUUUCUUUUAAUAUAAACAUAUCCAAAAUUACUUUCUUUUUUACAAAACAAUUUUGUAAUCAAAUUUGUCAUUCUUUUUUAAUAUAUUUUGGAAUAAUAUUACACAUAUAUACACAGGUCUUUUAAUUAAUAACAAAUUAUAAUUGUCUUUUAUGAACAUUAUAUGGUAACUUUAUAAAAGAUAAACGAUUUAAUCACCAAUCAAUGUUGAAGUAUAAUAUUCAGUGGAGUUGUGACAACAGGAGGAUGUUAAAUUAUGUAUAAAUCAAGUGAAAAAUGCAGUAAAAUUUGUGUAUAUUAAA